UCCCCAACACAUUCGGCGUUAAGCUGAGCUUCACCGUCGGUUGCACCAAAAAUGGUUUCCCUCAAACUGCAGAAGCGCCUCGCCGCCAGCGUCCUCAAGUGCGGCAGAGGAAAAGUUUGGCUUGACCCCAAUGAAGUCAACGAAAUCUCCAUGGCCAAUUCCCGCCAAAACAUUAGGAAGCUGGUGAAGGAUGGGUUUAUCAUCAGGAAGCCCACCAAGAUUCACUCUCGCUCGCGUGCUCGUAGAAUGAAGGAAGCUAAGAGGAAAGGACGACACUCUGGAUAUGGUAAGCGUAAGGGUACAAGGGAGGCAAGGCUUCCCACCAAAAUCCUUUGGAUGAGGAGAAUGCGAGUGCUCAGACGCUUGCUCCGCAAGUACAGGGAAUCUAAGAAGAUUGACAAACACAUGUACCAUGACAUGUACAUGAAGGUUAAGGGUAAUGUUUUCAAGAACAAGAGGGUUUUAAUGGAGAGCAUUCACAAGUCCAAGGCUGAGAAGGCUAGAGAGAAGACAUUGUCUGAUCAGUUUGAGGCCAAACGUGCCAAGAACAAGGCCAGCAGGGAAAGAAAAAUUGCUCGGAGGGAGGAGCGAUUGGCCCAAGGUCCUGGAGAAAGGGCGCCAGCUGCACCCAGUGCUCCAUCUGCUACAGCAUCACAGCCAGCCCAAGCACCAAAGAAAUCCAAGAAGUGAGCCACUUAUUCUGAGAUUGGCUUGUAGAAAUUUUUGGACUGGCAUCCCGAGUUUCUGUUCUAAAAUAGUAGUUUUGACGAGUUUGGAGGAGUUUCUGUGUUGGUUUAGACCUUGUUUAAUUUUUAUUUAAGUAUAUGAAAUUAUAACAUUCCGUUCUUUUUA